AUGUCAGCCCCCGUCAGCGCUCUUUUUGUCAUUGACAUCCAGAAGGAUCUGGCAUCCGAUGACAAGACCGAAGUCCCCCAUGCUGAACGCAUACGCGAUGCCGGAGAACAAAUACUUGAGGUUGCAAGAGGUAUCGCUGCCGAUCCGAAACCCAUCAUACUUUUUGUUCAGCAUGAAGAAUCGCCCGAGAGUGGUCCUCUUGUAAAGGGUAGCAAGCCGUGGGAGUUGGUCUUCGAAAACGACCCGAACAAUACAAGAGAGUUACUCGUGUCAAAAGUUACACGAGACACUUUCAAAUCAAAUCCUGACUUGGCUGGUCUUCUCAGGUCGAAGGGCAUUCAACACAUUGUUGUAUUUGGCAUACAGAGUGAGUGUUGUGUGCUGGAAACUUGCAAGGGCACUCUGGAAGCUGGUUUCCGAGUCACGCUGCUUCAAGGUGCUCACUCGACUUAUGACACCGAGAACAAAAAAGCCGUUCAAAUCGAGCAGGAUGUUGAAAACGAACUCAAGGCUCUAGCUGGAUUUACGCUUGCCGACGAAGCUCGCCAGACGUCACAGCAUGACCAUUCCACUUGGGGGAAUUCCAGUCUACGACUGCGACCAGUCACUUUUGUUAGCGCUGGACCUACCGAACCUUUGAAGCUCUUGGACGCGAUUGUUGACCAAGCCGACAAGGAAGAUGAUCAGGCCGACGAACAGAGCUUUGAAGAAUCGACCGAUGAGGUUGACUUUAUAGGCCCUGAUGACCUUGAGGAAGCCAUCCAAGCCGAGACUGCACCCGAAGAGAGCGUACAACAGGAAGUACCAUUCUUCUUUGAUCUCACAGGAGACCAGUUGCAAAAGAAGAAGGAUCCCCCCCCCGUGGAGAUACCGGAUAGACCAUCGUCGAGGAGCAGCACCUCGAGCGAGGAAGUGCUUCUUUUCAAGGGCCGAGGUGCGCAGAGAAACGUACAAUCUGUGCCUGAUAUCGAUAUGGUGCAGAUGCAGACUGAAAUCCGUGUCGUCGAGCAGGCCAUCAUCACUGAGCCAUCCCAUUCACGAAAACCACCAGCAUCGGAACUGCAAACGGAACCAACCCGCUGUAAAAACCCAAGCAAAAUGGAGAAAAAACAGAAGAAGCGUGAGAGACGCAACGCUAAAACUAAAUUUGAUGACGAGGAGGAUGCCAUUCUUGCCGAUUACAUCGCCAACCUCAAGGAAAACACCGAGGUUGAUGAUUACUUCAAGGAACUACUAGAACGUGGAAGACACUCGGACGAUAGUGGCGUAUCCGAGUCAGCGAACGCUGCAGGAGACGAUACUGAUGAUAACACGGACGAUCCUCAAGCGACCAACGGAGAUGAGGUUCCCAGCGAGAUCGAUGAUGAGACACUCGCAAGACUGAUAGCCGGUCAGCAGCUUGGCCAAGAUCUGGGUAUGGAGGAUGUACAUUUCGGAGACUCUUCGAGCGACUCCGACUUCGACUCCACUGGCAAGAGGACGAAACAGCACCAGGAAUUCGACGAUGAUUUUGAUUUGAUGGAUUGGGACCGCCCCAGCCUGCGUUGGCGCAAAGGCAAAGGCGCUCGAGCUCAGAUCAGCUUCAACAUGUCCGAUUCCGAACUGGAAGCAUCUCUCCAAGCCAGCUGGAAGAGCGAUCGCCUUAAGAAAUCCGAACGAAAGAAACAGAGAGAGGAAAUGCGUGCCCUUGGCAUGCUAGGCAAAAAAGACCCUGACGAUCUGCGGGUCAAAUAUCCAGAUGGAAUGAACAUGGAUCAAAUCGCAGAUGAGCUACAAACAUUCCUGAUGGGUUCCGACGAACAACUUAAUUUCCCCCCUAUGGAUAACAAUGCGCGCAAGAUGAUCCAUGAGCUGGCGAGCAAAUUCAAGCUCAAGUCUAAGUCAAUAGGAAAAGGCGACCAACGAAGACCAACACUUCAUCGAACAAAGCGCACGCCUCCCUACGUCCCAGCAACAUUUGAUCAAGCUCUCAAGCGCGUCAACCGCAAGUAUCUUCCUCGGUCGGACAAGAAGGGCAAGAAAGGUAAUCGCUUGCCGCCGGCUCGUGGUGGCACUUCCGUCGCGGCCGCUACAUAUCAAGAUGGUGAGGUGGUUGGUGCUUCAGCGCCAGAAUUAGGCAUCGAGAAUCGUGGAAGAGCGAUGUUGGAGAAGAUGGGCUGGAGCAUGGGAACUGCGCUCGGGGCCUCCAACAACAAGGGCAUCAUGCAACCUGUCACUCAUACAAUGAAGCGCUCAAAAGCUGGACUGGGAUAG